ACUUACCAUUCACUUUUUAACCCCACGUAUCUACAUGCUUCAUGACCACUUGACACGUGGCCAUCCACACGUCAACUUUUAGAAAACCCAUCUUAGGUUUGGCUGGUUAUAUAAGAUAAAACAAAAAGUGAAAAAAUACAUACUCCAUUAACCUUCAUAGUUUGUCUAUCAACAUCUGCAAAGAAGCUUGAAAGGGAAGGGAAGAAUGGGUCCAAAGCGUGGUCAGAAGGUGGUGGUCAAAUCCACCAGGAAAGUUGUGCAAGAAAGUGUUCAAGUUUCGAUUGUGGGUAGCAGCAGCAAAAGAACAAGAAGAGGGAACAACAAAGAUAUUCAGACAGGUGACGAGGUUGUAGGAGAAGAAAAUGUGAGGAUUAUUCCAGUUCAAGAAGGGACUCCUCAACCCAAAGAUGCAAGCACCACCACCACUGUCACUACUCAACAAGACGACCAAGGAGAACAAGAACAUAAUGCUGAAACACAAGAACAAAAUAUUGACACUACUGCCACAGCUGUUUCUCAUAAAGAAGAACCCAAAGAGCCAUCAUCUAAAGAGGAUGAUGAAAAGAAAGCUAAGACCCAUGAAAGGAAUGAUGGUAAAGGGAAGAAGAAGAGAAGAAAGAGGUCAAGUGGAGAAGGAUAUAAGAGAUAUGUGUACAUGGUGUUGAAGCAGGUACACCCUGACAUGGGAAUUUCUUCACAGGCCAUGACUGUUCUGAAUAACUUGAUGGGUGACAUGUUUGAAAGGCUAGCUGAUGAGGCUUCCAAGCUAAAAACAUACACAGGGCACAUGACAUUGUCAUCAAGGGAGAUUCAAGGGGCAGUGAAGCUGGUUCUGCCUGGGGAGCUUGGAAAACAUGCCAUUGCUGAAGGGGCCAAAGCUGUCACCAACUAUAUAUCCCAUGAUGCCUGAUAUAGGCCAUAAGUUGAAGCUUUCUUCUCUGUGUGAACUUGUUGUAUAGUCAAGUGUAUGUGUACUGUGUGUAUUUUCUUUUGUUUUUGCAUGUUUUAGGAGUAGAUGUGAACAAUAUGCUUUCCUUUUAUGUUGGAAACUGUGUCACCGCUUUAAGAUUGUAAAAAUCUAACUGCUUACUAUCAUGAGAGUGUACUACAUUUUAAAGUUC